CCCCGCCUUCGUCACUUGCCCCCGCGAGGUGUUCCAUUCAGCGGCAGUCGGCGGAUCCGCUACGAGCCAAAGGAUGGUGCGCGCGCUCCAACUGAUGCUCUGCGCCCUCGCGUUGCAGCUCCUGCACAACGUUUGUUCGCUGCCGGUGUCGGUCCCAGAGAAGGAAAGCUACAGGUACAAAGCAACGGCGAGCUGGCCAGAGAAAUCCCAUCACUUCGGCCUGAAGAAGAGAGGCAGACUCCCACACGCUCAGGACACUGUGAAGGAUGAGUCGGGCUUAGUCAUCAAGGGCAGCCAUCACCAUGGGAAGUCCACCCAUGCCUCCUCCCCUGCCCAUGGGAGCACGGAGCUCAGGAAUCGGCCCCGCUGUGGCGUACCAGACUACCCAGGCCAGAAGGGAGGCACAGGGUACCUCCCGACGGCCGCGGGGGGCCACGGGGCGCGCCACCGCCGUAAGAGAUUUGUCCUCUUCGGAGGACGGUGGGAGAAGACGGACCUCACUUACAAGAUCAUGCGUAUCCCGUGGCAGAUGAAUAAGGAGCAGGUUAAUGAGGUGUUGAAAGAGGCCAUGAAGGUCUGGAGUGACGUCACACCUCUCACCUUCACCGAGGUCUCCAGCGGCCGAGCAGACAUCGUCAUCGACUUCAACAGGUACUGGCACGGCGAUAGCUUGCCUUUCGACGGGCCCGGCGGCAUUCUGGCACACGCGUUCUUUCCCAGAACGCACCGGCAGGGUGACAUCCACUUCGACUACGAUGAGACCUGGACCGUGGGCAACAACAUGGGUACGGACCUGCUGCAGGUGGCUGCCCAUGAGCUGGGCCACGUGCUGGGCCUGCAGCACUCGCUGGUGCCCGGCUCCAUCAUGUCCCCCUACUACAGCUUCUCCUACCCGCUGCGGCUCAGUGAGGACGACAAGAGGGGCAUCCAGUACCUCUACGGAGCCAAGGCACCUCCACCUCCGCCUCCUCCUCCUCCACCUCCUCCUCCUCCUCCUCCUCCUCCUCCUCCUCCUCCUCCUCCACCACCACCUCCCCCUCCUCCACCUCCUCCUCGUCACCCACCACCGGAGAGACCUCCACCCCCGGAAAGACCUACCAUUUACGAGACCAACGAGAUCGAGCCCACUGUGCCUGAUCCCUGUCAAACAAGCUUUGAUGCGGUGUCUGUGAUCCGGGGGGAGCUUUUCUUCUUCAAGUCGGGCUACGUCUGGCGCAUCCGCGACGGCCACCUGCAGCAGGGAUACCCAGCGCAGGCCUCCCGCCACUGGAGAGGCAUCCCGGACCGCAUCGACGCCACCUUCGAGGACAAGACCGGCAACAUCUGGUUCUUCCAAGGCAACAGCUACUGGGUGUUCGACGGGGAGCGUCAGAUCACGGGCCCGGACACGGUGCAGCAUCUGGGGCUGCCGGUGUCGGACAUCCAGGCGGCCCUGAUGUGGGGCGAGGACAAGGCCCAGAAGACCUACUUCUUCAAGGACGGCAACUACUGGCGCUUCAACUCGCAGGAGAACCGCGUCGACUCGUCCCACCCCCGGGGCAUGCACGACUGGAGAGGGGUGCCCAGAGACAUCGACGCCGCCUUCCAGGACAGAUACGGUUAUGCACACUUCCUGAGUGGCCUGAGAUACUGGAAAUUCGACCCCGUGGAGGUGCGGGCCUUGGAAGGCUACCCCCGUUACAUCGGGAUGGACUUCUUCAACUGUCCGUCGUACCUGUAUCGCUAAAGGUCCAGUGUGUGAUUUUAGUACGGAUAUUUUCAACAUGUAUGCUGCCCCUCCACAAAUUUCAUGACUUUUCAUGAGUAUUUGCGUAGUGAUAAACUAAUAAUAGUUACUGGUCUGACCAAAGAACAGUAAGCAUUGCUGCCAAAGAUGUCUAUGACUAUUGACUCAAAAUGGUCUAGAUACUGGUCCACUUAUUCCUCUAUGAAAAGUGUACAUUUCCAAGUCACAAUAUCUACUUACAAAUAUUAAUGAAAAAGAUAACAUUUGUGAAGGGCAGCAUAACUUCUGGAAAUAAACUACUUCAAAAUACAUACUCUACACUUAAGACUGUGGAGGAGAAAGAGAGCAAAAUUCCUCUGAAGAUGAUCAUGGACUCAUUUUGGAAGCCUGUCAACUGGCAACUUCCGAUGCCAAGGAAUAGUGUUCCUCGCUCACAAUGUCAAGGUUUCCUUCCUUGAAAAUAUAAUUUUCUGCCUUAAAAGUAGCCUUUUUAGCACAAUAUUUAUAUUGCAAUUGACAAUAUAGCAAAUUGGAAGCAGGCAACUAACCUCAAAAAAACCUGCAUUUAUUACAAGACUGUUACUGAAAUGAUACAUUGCACUGGUUGCUUGUGCAGGUAUUUUUUCUCUUAAAGGAUAAAGUGAAUAACCGUCACGUUAAGUAGGGUUUUGUUUACCAAUCACUGAGCCUUUAAAUGAGUUUAAAACCAUGUAACAAUCAUGUCAGUUAUAACAAUGUCAGUAGAAAUAAUGUAUGCCUUACAUUUUUUAUGUUUAUGUAAAUCUCAAGACUCACGGGCAGUUUUUUAUGCUGGCCAUAUUUGAGUGUAACAGUAUAGCUGUACAGCAUGGGUGGAAAUCUGUUGGGAAUGUGUCUGGGUAGGUUCUCAAGUGACUCAAAAUGAUACGUUCAUGAGGAAUGACCAAUGAAUUUUGGCACUUAUAUGUGUUGGUGGCUGUCAGUCAAAGUUGUUGUUGUGUGGGUGCACGCAUUCAAAUUGCAGCAGAAGGCAGAUAGCGCGACAAAACUCCAUUGGCCUCCAAAACACCAAAACUCCAAAAUUUUCAAUGCUGCAUCUUGUCACAAUUCCACAAUUAUUGACACCCCCAGUGACACCCCCAGUGCCCUAACGUUUGAGCCAUGACAGGGCCGCAUGUUUUUAAUUAAAUAAAGUUUAUCUUUUUGGAGCUCAAACACAGUGUGCAGACCAACCGUUUCAUACUGUUAGCCAAAGGCCUCAAUUUCCACCCCUGCUGUACACCCUUGGAGGUUUGAUUCGUGAGUGUUGACAGGAAGUCCUGGGAGCCAUCAUCAAUGCCAUUCCUAGAGCCUAACAGGUUUUCGUACACACCAGAAAUCCCAAAGGAUUAGCACCUUGACGAGUUUACAAGAGAAACUUUAUUGUCUUUUCUUUUCUCUUUGUAUAUGAAAAGCCAAAUCACAUUUGCAGGUUCUAUGGAGCACCUUUUUUCUUUACCUCUUAAACUGUACAUUCAGACCAAAAAUGUCCAAAGUGAAGAGGUAGCUGAGGUCACUGAAAAAACUAUGCCAUGAAUUUGUUCUUUUCACUCUCAACGUGAUAUUGACAUGUUUGAUUGAGCUUAAAAUCACAGAGCAGCACUGGCUUGUGAACUUUGGAAAUUUGAAGAUGUGAACAUUCCGGCAUUGCCGAACCAUGUCAUAGCUAAUUGCGAUAAUAAUUGCCAUAGGUAAUUGACUUUUAACCUCUGAAAUUCGCUCUGGUUUCCUAGUUCACAUCACCCCAAGCGAAUUCACUUUUGCUGCCCAGUUCUCUGACCCUCCAUAGAGAAAUAAUGACUCACGUAGCUCUGGUAGCUUUGGUCGCUUCUGGUCUGGAUGUAUGGUAACGCGUGUGAUUCACCAGACAUGCAAUGCAGACUUUCCAUUGCACUGGUAUAUAUACUGUAUAUUUCAAUGAGAAGCGAAUUUGCUCCCGCACAUCAUUGCGGGUACGCAAUGUAACGAGAGCUUCAAAAGCACACAAGUUUGGUGCUCUCCAACUACAUGCAAAUGAAUCCGCUCAAAGACACCAUAUCAAAGGGUGAGUGUCCAACAGCAGCAAGACUUGUCGCGCAAGCACACCAAAAGAGGCAAAAGCUACAAAGCACCACUGUUUAUAGAGCAAGAACGACACGAGCGACAACAAUGACAGGGUAUGAACGUUAAAAGCAGAAUGUAAGCAUUCCAACAUUCCAAUUGGCUACUGCGACUGUCGCCGAACUGUAUCAUAUCUCUUUAUCAUAAUAUUCGCUGACGUUCAACUACAAACUGUCGCUUGUGUCACUCAAAUCGCCUCAUCACCCAAAUCACAUUUGUCUCCUUUGUUGUCUCUAUAGCAGGGUUCCCACGGGUCAUGGAAUUUCUGGAAUAUCAUGGAAUUUCAUAAAUGUUUUUCCAGUCAUGGAAAGUCAUGGAAUUUUACAAUUUUACAUGCACAGUCAUGGAAUAUCAUGGAAUUUUCUUAACAGUUGUCCAAAAGCAAAACAAAAUUUUGUUUGGUGUAUAACAUUAUUUCUUACUGGUUAUACUACAACGCUUCGCCAGAGACAAUUAAGAUUUGCGCUGUAAUGUGCAACAUUUUAGAAUGCAAUGAGCCCACUGAAGUCUGGCGGUGACUAGGUGUCGGCUCUAGGGGUGAAGAUAAUCUUCAGUUUUCACACUUAAAAAAAACUUUUUAACAUAAUUUCUCUUUACCGAAAUGGUCAUGGAAAUUACGUUUUUUGGGUCUGGAAAGUCAUGGAAAAUCAUGGAAUUUUAUGUCUGAAUUAGAGUGGGAACCCUGCUAUAGUCAAUUACUUCAAGUGGCGUAGUCCAAUCACAUAGGCCUAUCUGGUGGAUUUGCAGCGUGAUAAGAGUCAAGGCCGCGUCACCCUCUCAGUUGUUCCCCUCUCAGGUAGAAACAAGCAUAUAUGUGCAUACCACAUACUCACUGAUUAUUACCUUGAUAAUCUUGUUUUUUUUCAUUGCUUACUUGUGUCAUUGUCGAUGUCAUUGCUAUGUUAUUGUUAUUGUUUUUUAAAUACACAUUGGUGCUACAUUCGACAGGGAAGGUAACUGUGUGCCUCAG